AUGAAUCCCAUCAUAUCCUUAUCCCGGCGCUCUGCCCUCCGAACCGCGCGCAACUCAUUCUCCCGCCCUCUCUCAACCACCACACCCCUCAGCGCCGUGAAAGCAGACCAAACCAAGAAAUCAAACGACCCCUCAGCAAGCCAGAAGGAAGAGCACGGGUCUCAAGCAGAGCAGGUCUCCGGCGAAGGCCGCGACCACCCGGCCAAACAACCCGAUCCACAGCAGUCGCCGAGCAAAUCCACGGGCGUGAGGGAGGAGGGCCCCAACGGAAAGGCCGGGUCGGCGCCGGACCAGGGCGUGCAUACGGAGAAGGACGCGGGGGCUGGGGAUCGGAGUGGUGGCAUUGUAAAUAAGCCCCAGCAAUUGCCUGAAGACGAUCAUUGA